AUGGCGUCAAAAUUGGACGGACAGCCGCUCCUUCACGGCACAACCGUUUGUGUCACAGGCGUUCCGAAAGUGUACCGCGCGCUGCUGGCGGAGCUGAUCAGGCGCCUGGGGGGACAGUACAGCGCGGACCUCACCCCGCACUGCACCCACCUCCUCGUCGCAAUAUCCCCCUCCCCGCCCUCCUCCCCCCGGUCUGCGCUCCUUCUUCCCCCCCGCUCUCCUUCCCCCUCCCCUCCCUCCUUCCCCUCCCCGUCCUCCCUCGUUCCACCUCCCCGCCAUCUUCUCCCCCUCCCCUCCCUCGUUCCUCACCCUCGUCGCUCCUCCCCUCAUGCCCCUUCCUCACUCCCACCCACCCCCCUGAGAACAUUCGACUCCCAUGACAGCCGUGAGUGCCGUGAGAGCCGUGAGACAUGUGACACACGUGAGAGUGAAGCAUGCAGGGACGCAGCAGAAGAAGACUCUGCAGAAGUCGACGCAGGAGACGGCGACUCAGCUGCUCUUGACUUGACUCGGAAGGAGGAGGAGUGCGAGGAUCGGGAUAAUCACAAACAGCAGCAGCGAGACUCACAGGAUCGGCAGAGAUCUGAUUCCUUGCAGGAGUUUGUGGAAAGGGAGGUGCCUUUUGACGAAGCAGACAGCCAGGUUCGGAGCGAGUGGCUCGGAAGUGGUUCCGAGCCUCCAGGAGCAGGCUUGGAGAGCCUUGGACUGGUCAGCGAGGCACAGGAUGCGGUUGAGAUGGGUGGGAAUGAGUGGAGAGAGGCGACGGGAUAUGCAGCAGCAGCAGAGGUGGUGCGAGAGACAGAGAGGAGGACGGCAGGUGAAUGCUCAGGUGGGGUGGACGAGGAGGGAGGGAUGCGAGACGUGGCAUUAUUGGGCGAUGAAGGUGAAGGAGUCCCCAGGCCUACUCAUGCUCACGCUGGUUCCGGAGCUGCAUUUGCGCCUGCUGCUAGCAGUGAAAGCCCUGGUUCCGUGCACACUCCACCAUCCCCUCCGUCCGCACUGCUGGCUCCUGCUGUCUCCGUCCCUCCUGCUGCCGCCACUGUAUCGUCAGUCACACCCCUUACUCACUCCCCCCCUCCACCGCCCCCUCCUCCUCAUCUGCCUCCGCCGCAGCCUCCUUCUCAUACACAGCCCUCCCACCUUCAUCCUCUCGAGCUAAUACCUGCCGAACCUCGGCCCUCCAUGCCUGGGGACUUGGUUCGGCAGCAGCCGAAACCAGGGCCGUGCGAGGUGCGGGAGUGUGCUCUGCCUGAGAGGCGUGUGGAGGCAAUGGCGCAAGCCAAGGGGCUUGUACGGGCACGCAGAGGAGGGAGGCGCCAGCCAGCCAGCUCGUUACCCCGCCCUCCGGCCCCACCAGUCCUCCUCGACGACCUAGCUUGGAGUGUGUCCGAGCCUCCCACUGAGGCUCGGAUGCUGGGAGGAACCCGUUUCCCUCUUUGCCGCCCCGUCUCUCCCCUUCCCUCCCCUUCCCUCCCCUUCACUCUUUGCCGUUUCCCUCUUUGCCGCCCCUUCCCUCCCCUUGCCUCUCUUACCCCCGCUGCCCCCACUAGCAGUCAGCUAUCAGCACUGCUCUACCCACACCCCUUCCUCACGUUGCUCUUCCCUCUCGACGUGUAUUCAGAGGUCGGCCCCUCCGCCCGCUCCUACUUCUCCCCUGCCGGUUUCUCCUCGCUGCGCCUCCUCUCCCUCGUCUACUCGUUCUACCAGGAGCGCUUAACCACACACGAGGCAAAACGAGCUUCCCACUCCCAUCUUUGCCAUUGCUGUUCAUUUCCUCGUCCCACCCUCCCCUUAUCCCUCCCUCCCCUCAUACAUCUCUUCUUCCCUCUCCACUUCCCUCUUCUCUCCCUCACCUCUUCCUCUCCACUACCUCAACACCUCUCAUCCUCUCCCAUUCAAACUGCUACUGCUCCCACCUCUGCCCCUCCAGAUCCUCCUCCGGAAGAUAUACCCCUCCCUCCCCCUUCUCUUCCUGCUCCCCCUGUUGCCCUUGUCCCCCCUGCUCCCCCUGCCCCCCCUGCUGCACCUCCUGCCCACUCUGCUGCUCCUGCUUCUCAUCCCUCUCUCCCUCCUCUUUCUCUUGAUCCCUCUGCACCUGAAUCCCACGCCACUUUUUUCUCCCCUCUCGCACAUCAUGCUCCUGGCCACACCCCUUCCACAUUCCCUCCUUCACCUCUUUCCCUUCCCCAUCCUCCCCUCCUCCCCCGUCCUCCCCCUCGUGCUUCUCACCUACCCCUUCCUCUCCCUCACACCCCACCUGCUGCACUAGCCCCCUCCUCUGCUGCUGAACCCCCUCAGCCACACGAGCAGCAACCACUUCUCUCUGUCUCCUGGCAGGGCUACCUUUCUCUAGCAACACAGGAAGAGGCCAACGCAAAGGCACCACUCACAGAGCGAGAGGAAGGGAAGGACGCAAUAGGGGGGCGAGCAGACGAAACAGCAGCAGGAGCGACAACGGCAGCAGGGGACAAGGAAGGAGGAGUGGUGCAAGCAGCAGCAGGGGAGAGAGUCUGCGCAGCAACGCGCGAGCCUAGCAACCGCCGGGCUGCUGCAGGGUCGAGUGCAGGGGACGGGGAAGAGGGAGAGGCGGCAGAGUCGAGAGUGCGAGUAGCGAGAGGUGUGCCUGCUGAUUCGUAUGUUGGGGUGGUUGGUGCGUUGGUGGUGGGGCAGGAGCUGAUGCGGGGUACAAGUGGGAUUCGUGUAGAGGCUGAGGGAGCAGCAGGAGGGGACGUGACAGUGGCAGCAGCCGAAGCUCCUUCCCUUGGCCCUCACACCACUGCCACCACCACCACCACCACCACCACCACCACCACCACCACCACCACCACCACCACCACCAGCAGCAGCAGCAGCACCUCGACCUGCCAUGAUGGUGCGUCGGUCUAG